AUGAUUCAGAGGAGUUCUUCAGGCAUUGGGAGUUUGCUCAAAUCCUCUGUUUUCAGCUCUUUCAGCUCCAAGCUUGGAGCUCGUAGCUAUGCAGCUCAGGUUGCAUCUUCGCUGCAGCAUGCCUGUGAACCAGCAUCAUUCAGUGAUGAUGACUGUGCCGACAUUGACUGGAACCAUCUUGGAUUUAGUCUUACACCAACGGACUACAUGUACAUUAUGAAAUGCAGCAAUAAUGAAAAUUUCCUACAAGGCCAACUUUGUCGAUAUGGAAACAUUGAAUUGAGCCCUUCAGCUGGGGUGCUCAACUAUGGACAGGGACUGUUUGAGGGUACAAAAGCCUAUCGCAGAGAGGAUGGAGGCCUUUUUCUGUUCCGCCCUGAUCAAAAUGCCAUACGGAUGCAGAUUGGUGCAGAGAGAAUGUGCAUGCCCUCACCUUCUGUCGAACAUUUUAUCAAUGCUGUUAAGGAAACUGCCCUGGCCAAUAAGCGUUGGAUACCUCCGCCAGGAAAAGGAUCUCUCUAUAUCAGGCCUCUGCUCAUAGGAAGUGGUCCUAUACUUGGUCUGGCGCCAGCUCCUGAGUCUACAUUUCUUGUAUAUGCUUCACCUGUUGGGAACUACUUCAAGGAGGGAACUGCGCCAUUAAAUCUGUAUGUAGAGGAUGAAAUUCAUCGUGCAUCGCGUGGAGGAGCUGGAGGCAUUAAGAGCAUAACUAACUAUGCACCGGUUUUGAAAGCAAUUCGUAGAGCUAAAGACAGAGGCUUUUCUGAUGUCUUGUACUUAGAUGCAGUUAAGAAGAAAAACAUUGAGGAGGUCUCUUCUUGCAACAUUUUCGUCAUCAAGGGAAAUGUUAUUGCAACUCCAAUAACAACUGGAACCAUCCUUGAAGGGGUGACUCGGAAAAGCAUAAUGGACAUUGCGACUGAUCUUGGAUACCAGGUUGAAGAACGUACAAUUCCAGUCGACGAAUUAGUUGAUGCUGACGAGGUAUUCUGCACGGGGACAGCCGUUGGUAUUGCGGCCGUUGGAAGUAUUACACACAAUGGUAACAGGAUUGAAUACAAGAUGCAUCCUGAUCUUGCUUCCAAGAAACUGUACAACAGAUAUGUAGGGAUUCAAAGUGGCAAAUUCGAGGAUAAGAGAGGCUGGGUUGUCCAGAUUGACUGA